AUGAAUCAGAAUGAGAUCUUUAUGGAAUAUGUAAAAGGGCGCGAUUUAUCAGGCAUUCCUCGAUUUUGGAGACGAAAUUUGAAGAUAUUAGCUUAUAUUUUGAAAGAAGUUGCUGAAGCUAUUGAUUUCAUGCAUAAAGAUGAUAUUUUGCAUGGGGAUUUGAAACCAGAUGAUAUAUUGAUCUCAAAGGAAGGGGAUGUUAAAAUGACAGAUUUUGAUGCUGCUGUGAAGAUCAAAAGACUUGGUUCAGCAUAUCCUGAAGGAAGAGAAUUGGGUUGUUUAUGCGAAAUUACGUAUUCAACUACAGAGUAUGCGCCUGAUUUUACAUCAAAAUAUGUGGCGCAAGAGCUUAUCAAAUCACAAUCUGUGGUGGUAAAUUUCAUGAAGAACAUACUUAUCAACCAAAAAAAGGAUACACCAGGAUGGAUUGCGCUAAAAAGAAAAGAGCUCAAUUUUAAUGUUAAAGCUUUUCCCACUAAAGAAUCUGAUGUCUUCUCCUUUGCAGCUACUGUUGUUGGCCUAUUUAAAACUAGAAAUGAAGCUAGCUACGACAAAGGCUUGGAUUCCAAUUUGGCGAAAAUCAUUAACGAGGCUCUUGAUCCAUCUCCUAAUAAAAGACCCGCUAUUAAAAAAGUGCUGAAAUGUCUCGAAAGUCUACCUUGUUGCACUACAGAUGAAUUCAAAAAGUUGGCUGCGGAGGUUCAAGAGCUUGAAAUGAGUCCUUAUACAAAAAAAGAGUCUAAAAAGCAUUGA